CCCGAUUUGGGGAUGUAUUUUCACGGCUGUCAAUCUCGCAGUCCUCGUAUGCAAGCAAAUGGAUUUCUCAUCUUUUCCUAGGUGGCAUACCUUGGUCCUGCAGUAUUUCACACAUCCUGUCUUGCUCUGUUUUGGUUGGUCAAGAACCUGGUCUUUCUGCUACGCGGCGCCCCCAGCAGCUUUUCAAUUGGAUCUCCGGCGGCAACCCACGUCGACAAAUUUUAACUAUCGCAGAUCGUUGGGACCGAAACUCUUCAAUGUCGGUAAUAUUGCGAUGUACAUCAUCCCGUUUAUCUACAUCUUGCCUUUCACGAUAAUCAACGCCAAGAAUGUUCAUAAUAUCCAUCGUGUCUGGGUGGUGUGUGUUCGGAAGCAUGAAAUUUUAACAUCAUUACACAGCUUACCAGGAUCGGAAAACUCUUCUGAAGUCACAAAUCUUACAAAUCUUCUUCAAUCCGAUAUGAUUCGGCGACUAGGCACUGUUCAAGCCCUUGGCGAGGACAUUUUGCUUAAUGCGCGGUAUAUGUCUUUCGGCUUGAUGAUUUUUCUAGUAACAUUAUUGUGCGCCUUUUCCUCAGCGACCUGGCGGAUCAUGGACGCACUUUGGUCACAAGUCAGAACGCUUCGAGAAUGCGCCUCACGUAGACGCUUAUUGUCAGCUGCAAUCAACCAAAACAUUCGCCAGGAAACCCCUGCAUUCGAAGAAUUGACUGACCAAAUAUAUCGUUGUCACCAAGGGUCGGUAUGGCACUCCGAAGUGACUGAGUCGUUAUGGCAAUCCCGUCUGUUUGAAGACCGCCGAGAGGAUUGGGAAAAGGUCGAUGAGCUGAUACUGAAAGAAAAGCAUGCUUCCCUACGGCGUUAUGCUUCUAACGCUCUAUGUCAAGCGAUCUUGGUCAUCGUGACUGCAUCAGCGUAUCUGUCACUCAUCAUCAUUACGGUCACCAAUGCUCUCAAUGUCCCUCUUCGUACUCGACUCUUGGAUCUGCAAGUGAUCAUGAUCGUAUGGCACAACGUCAUCUGGAAUUGCGGAUUGGGUAUCUCUUUGGGUGUGAUAUCAUGCGUCAUGGUCUUUUCGCCUACACCAUCCCCGAUACAAGAGGAGCACGCUCUCAAAUCUCUUUAUGAUGAGGAUUCCUGAAUUUUUUUUCACAGCUACCGGGGGGCUCAGUCGCUCCAUACCCACUCACGACUAGUUUUGUUUUUGUCUGAUCCAUUUUCUUGUAGUCUCUUCUUGAUGUGGAUACUACUUCAUUGAGACUACCAGCUGGCAGAAUGCGCACGGCUUUGAAUUGUCAUAUCAGGAAGCUUUACGAAGUCGCUAUAGGAAAAUCUCACUUUCAUUAUCAUAGGCCUUGACUAUUUUCUUUUUCUUCCCUAUAUGGCCAAUAAAUUGUGUUUUACAAAGCUUCUGUCUGGUUUUUGAUGUAAGGGUUUUGAUCUUUGAAUAGGGUUCUGAUAAGUCGUACGUUUGUUUCAAUGUUCAAUGCGCCAAGAUCAUACGUAGUAGUUUCUCUUUGUGUCCGAGACGUUUUCAACUCAAAUAUCCGGGGUUUGUCCCACUCUAAUAUCCUCUC